CUUAAAAUCGUAUUUGAAACAUAACCUUAACCAGACUGCUAACCUUAAGCCUAAACUUAAAUAAAGAACAAAAAGCACAUUUCUGUUUUCAUGAAUUUUUACGAUAUAGCCCGUUGACGAUAGACAAUUUUGACUUUGUGGAUAUGGUAACUAGUGCCAACCCAGAAGGAGUUGCAACAUUUGAAGUAUCAAGAAGAAAGUAUUAAAUCUACCUUGCUGUUUCUAUGUCACAGCUCAAGAUGACAAGCGUUGCCCUCCUGAGGAGUUGAAGCGCUGGAGCUCACCUGGCCUUGAACAUGAAUUCACCAGAGGACAGUUCUUCCUUUUCCACUCAGAAGAACUCAAAUUGGACCAACCACCAAACAUCCACUCCACAGCCAGGACUUAGCCCUGCUAGCCCAGUUCAAACACCUGUUUCAACCAACUCUGCUAGCCUGUCUCAAUCACUAAUUACACCCCAGAAACAGAGGACAGCAGAGAAUGGAACCUCUGAUGCAUCACAUCCACACAGUGAACGGCGCAAGAGGGGGAGGCCACCCAAAGACAAGACACCUCAUACUGUCCCAGAACAUUGGAUCCAGUCCCCUUCAGAUUCAGACCCAUGUUCACAGCGAGAGGAAGAAACUAAUGCUGUCAGAUUGAUACAUCCCCUCUCAUCCAACUCACCUGUGCCUGAGGACCGUUGUCAGUCACCUGAUGCCCUAACAGAGGUUGAGACACAGCCCCUGUCACCCAGCCCACCUGUGGGCACCUCUGAACUACCUUCCCCCACCAAGGAUUUACAGAGGGUACAUUGUAACGAAGGGUCCCAUCUCUGUAGUCCAUCUGUAGAACAAGGAGAUACAACCAGCCAUAAUGUCCUAAUUGCUAGAGAUCACACAUAUUCACUGACCAGAGAGCUAGAGGCUGAACCAUUUGUUUCACCCCAGAAACAGAGGACCACAGAGAAAGGAACCUCUGAUCAGUCACAGCCACACGGUGAACGGCGCAAGAGGGGGAGGCCACCCAAAGACAAGACACCUCAUACUAUCCCAGAACAUCAGAUCCAGUCCCCUUCAGAUUCAGACCCAAGUUCACAGCCACACGGUGAAUGGCACAAGAGGGGGAGGCCACCCAAAGACAAGACACCUCAUACUGUCCCAGAACAUCAGACCCAGUCCCCUUCAGAUUCAGACCCAAGUUCACAGCCACACGGUGAAUGGCACAAGAGGGGGAGGCCACCCAAAGACAAGACACCUCAUACUGUCCCAGGACAUCAGAUCCAGUCCCCUUCAGAUUCAGACCCAAGUUCACAGCCACACGGUGAAUGGCACAAGAGGGGGAGGCCACCCAAAGACAAGACACCUCAUACUGUCCCAGGACAUCAGAUCCAGUCCCCUUCAGAUUCAGACCCAAGUUCACAGCCACACGGUGAAUGGCACAAGAGGGGGAGGCCACCCAAAGACAAGACACCUCAUACUGUCCCAGGACAUCAGAUCCAGUCCCCUUCAGAUUCAGACCCAAGUUCACAGCCACACGGUGAAUGGCACAAGAGGGGGAGGCCACCCAAAGACAAGACACCUCAUACUGUCCCAGGACAUCAGAUCCAGUCCCCUUCAGAUUCAGACACAUGUUCACAGCGAGAGGAACAAACGGAUGCUGUCACGGUGACACAUCCCCUCUCAUCCAACUCACCUGUGACUGAGGACAGGUGUCAGUCACCGGUGAGGAAGUAUAGAAAAAAAUCAGAGACCCCUAAGGUAGACCAGUCGCAGGAGACUGACCAGUCGCAGGAGACUGACCAGUCGCAGGAGAUCCAGUCCCCUUCAGAUUCAGACCCAAGUUCACAGCCACACAGUGAACGGCGCAAGAGGGGGAGGCCACCCAAAUACAAGACACCUCGUACUGUCCCAGGACAUCAAAUCCAGUCCCGUUCUGAUUCAGACCCAUGUUCACAGCCACACAGUGAACGGCGCAAGAGGGGGAGGCCACCCAAAGACAAGACACCUCAUACUGUCUCAAGACAUCAAAUCCAGUCCCGUUCUGAUUCAGACCCGGUGACAAAGCGGAAGUAUACAAAAAAAUCAGAGAUCCCUAAGGUAGACCAGUCGCAGGAGACCGACCAGUCGCAGGAGAGUGAGAAUUUGAGCAAGAGGAAACAUGCAUCUAAAACGUCACAGACCUCCAAGGUAGCUCAAUCACAGGAGACUGUCCAGUCGCAGGAGACUGUGAGGAAGUGGAAACAUACUAGAAAGUCACAGAGCCAUAAAGUAGACCAGUCACAGGAAACUGAGGGGAAUAGGGAAAAGACAUCUGAAAUAUCGCUGAAGCGUAAGCUAGAGUCACAAGAGGAGACUGUAAAAAAGAGAAAAUAUACUAAGAAAUCAAAGAGCCAUAAUGUAGUCUCUGCCAACCACAUCUCACUCCUUGUGCUAUCUGCAGACCUCUCCCCCAGCGUUGUCUCUUCCACACACAACCCUCCUGGUGUCCCAAAGAGAAAACAUAGAAAAAAAACACAGAGCCACAGGGUAGACUCUGAGAUCGUCUCUUCAUUCCCUGUUCUAUCUGCAGAACUCUCUUCUGGCCUAAAGAGGAGCCUCUCUCCUACUCUCAGCCCUCCCGGUGUCUCUUCCUCGACAAGCACACCUAAGAGAGUCAGAGGCAGAACUAAGGGGGUCCAGCAACAGAUCUGUCUUAGCUCCACCCCAGGCCCCAGAUCCAUAGGAACAGCCAACCCCUUCUCUGUCUCUCUGUCUCCCCUGGCCCCCAGCUCUAAGCCAGACAGCCCUCAGAACGCCUCACCUAUCACCUGGAAGCUGUUCCAUCUAGACAAGAUUCCAGAGCCAGACGGAGCUGUACCCAGCAGUAAACCUUGGGGUAAACCCAGAGGUCGACCAAGGAAGGACCUGGCUGGAGUGAAGAAGCCGGCUGUAGUGAAGGGAGUGAAGAAGCCGGCUGUAGUGAAGGGAGUGAAGAAGCCGGCUGUAGUGAAGGGAGUGAAGAAGCCGGCUGUAGUGAAGGGAGUGAAGAAGCCGGCUGUAGUGAAGGGAGUGAAGAAGCUGGCUGUAGUGAAGGGAGUGAAGAAGCCGGCUGUAGUGAAGGGAGUGAAGGGAGUGAAGAAGCCGGCUGUAGUGAAGGGAGUGAAGAAGCCGGCUGUAGUGAAGGGAGUGAAGAAGCCGGCUGUAGUGAAGGGAGUGAAGAAGACGGCUGUAGUGAAGGGAGUGAAGAAGCUGGCUGUAGUGAAGGGAGUGAAGAAGCCGGCUGUAGUGAAGGGAGUGAAGAAGCCGGCUGUAGUGAAGAAGCCGGCUGUAGUGAAGGGAGUGAAGGAGAGGGCUGUAGUGAAGGGAGUGAAGAAGCCGGCUGUAGUGAAUGGAGUGAAGAAGCCGGCUGUCGUGAAGGGAGUGAAGAAGCCGGCUGUAGUGAAGGGAGUGAAGAAGCCGGCUGUAGUGAAGGUAGUGAAGAAGCCGGCUGUAGUGAAGGAGAGGGCUGUAGUUAAGGGAGUGAAGGAGAGGGCUGUAGUGAAGGGAGUGAAGAAGCCGGCUGUCGUGAAGGGAGUGAAGAAGCCGGCUGUCGUGGAGAGCGUGAAGAAGCCGGCUGUAGGGAAGAGAGUGAAGACUCCGUGUGGUAAGAAGGUGAAGACUGCAGCAGAGGGAGGUUCCCAGACCUGCAGCUCAGAGGAGGGGCCUCCAGCCAAGCACAGACGUAGAAUCAGGAAGGGUCUUACAGCAGAGGGAGUGGAGAGAGUCGGGCUGCAGAGUGACGACAGCACCAGCUCUCAGCCAAUCCAAUGCUCCAGACCACGGUUUGAGCUACUGGAGUUGGACUCACCGGACGAAGACACAGGAGAUGCCUCCCUGUCCUCAAACCUGUCCAUCGAACUGAGCCUACAGGAAGACCACCUGACAUCACUUCCUCUUGAAGAGGAGGAAGAGCAGGAGGAUGAGGAAGAUCUGCCCAGUUUCUUAAAUAACACAAAGCCGCUGUCCAUAACAGAGGGAAUAUGUGUUUGGUGCAAAUUUAGAAACUAUCCUUUCUGGCCGGCAAUGGUGAAAAGCGUGAACCGGAAGAUGAAGAAAGCCAGCAUUGUGUUUAUUGACAACCUGCUGUUUGACAAGAAGAGGAUACGAAAAGGCUUCUCUGUGGCCUUAAAAACAUUGAAGCCUUUUGACUGUGAAGAGGCUGAUCAGCUUGUGUGUAAAGCCAGAGAGAGUUAUGAUGCUGCCAUCAAAUGGUGCCUGGAGCUGAUCGCCGACUAUAGAAUCCGUAUCGGAUGCGGCUUCACCGGUUCCUUCAUUGAAUACUUUUCAGAUGACAUAAGCUGUCCUGUGAGGAGACGUUAUCCUCAGAGUACCUCUGACCUCAACUUCCCCAGUAAGCUGAUGUUGGAGGAGCAGUUUUUAACCUCUGACCUUGGGGAGGAAGAGGAGGAGGGCAGCGGCCGUCAGGAGGAGGAGAGGAGGAGGAGGAGGAGAAGGAGGAAGCUGCUGCCUGACCGCUCCAAGGCAGCACGUAACCGUGCCAAUGAGAAACUGGUGGACUUCAUCGUUAAGCAACGCCGGGUGGAGACACGCCUUCUAGGUGUGAUCGGCGGGCAGCAACAAUCUAAGUGGUUGCGAUGGUUCCUGGCAGCCAGCCGUUCAGUAGUGGACACCUACCUGGAGGAUGAGGAUCAGCUGGACCAGGUGUAUCAGUACCUGAGGGGGGUGUAUGAUAACGCCCCCCUCACCGCCCCCUGCCUGGCUGACGUUGACCGCAUUCGCCUCGUCCUAGACGUCCUCUUACCUGAGGCUAUUAUCUAUGCCAUAGCUGGAGUGGACAAGUUGUCACUGGUGAAGGCAGAGGACAAAUACCUAAAAGGGCCCUGUCUGAGUAAAAGGGAAAGAGAGGAGUUUGAUUGGAUGAUCGAGCAACAGAUGAAGAUGAAAGCAUCGAUCGGUCAGCGUCCUGCGCACUGAACAACACUGCCUACUUGGCUUCCAGCCGUCAGACUUCAGCCGAGAUUAAAUCCGAGGGCGUGCUGUAUAGUGCUUUACCUUCAAAUGUCAUUUCUGAUUGAGACGACAUCUGCAGCGUUUUUACCAUGAAUGCGAUCUCCACAAAUGCGGCAACGUUGCAUUUAGUCCCAACGUUUCCAAAUCACAACAAAGUUGUUGAGCAUCCUGGGGGGGAAAAAGAGCCAUUUAAAACAGUCUCUGAGGACAUUCAACUGCUGUAGUUCAUAGUUCAUACUAGCAGUGGUGUGACUGUGGAUGGGAAACUCAUGGGAGGAGUUACCCUCUGGUCUAGACCAACUACCAUAGUAUUUUAUCCAUCAUGGUUGCCCAUUUAAGGCUGGAUGACUGUACAUUCUGUAAAUACCGGUCUAUUUUUAUAUAGAAAAGGAAUGUCUUUUUUUUUUUAUUGUAAUAUUUUAAUUCCUCUUCCUGUUUGAAUUCCUGUCUAAUUAUGUGGUCAUGUAAGGCUAGCUUGUCGAUACCUUCAUCUAUACCUAAUUCCUUUGUGACAGGCAUGUAAUAUUCUGAAUGUGAAUCAUGUCAGCUCAAUAAAGCUUCCUCGGUCA